AUGCCUCUCAUGACGGGAAUGAGUUCAAAGCCCCGCGUCAUUCUCGGCCUGAUGACGUUUGGGCCUCCUGGAACAGAAUCAAAAGGAGCUCGCAUCACAUCUAUUGACGACUACAAUGCUUGCCUCGACUAUCUACAGAAGAAUGGUUACAAUGAAGUCGAUACCGCGCGGGCUUACAUCGGUGGUGGCCAAGAAGCUUUUACACGCGAAGCGAAAUGGCAGGAGCGCGGCCUGCAGCUUGCCACCAAAUGCUAUCCUGAUAAGCCAGGGAAGCACAAGCCAGAUAACCUCAAGGCGAGUUUCAACAAGUCUCUGCAGGAGCUCGGCACCGAUUCAGUUGACAUCUUCUAUCUGCACGCUCCGGACCGUAGCGUGCCCUUCGAGGAGACAAUGCAGGCUUGUGACGAGCUCUUUAAGGAAGGCAAGUUCCAGAAUCUCGGCCUUUCCAAUUUCGCUGCAUGGGAAGUGGCCGAAGUGUACAAUAUCGCCAAGGAGCGUGGUUGGGUAAAGCCAACCAUUUACCAGGCUAUGUACAACGCCAUUACUCGCGACAUUGAGACUGAGCUUAUUCCUUGCUGUCGGAAAUACGGCAUCGAUAUUGUCAUUUACAACCCGCUUGCUGGUGGUAUCUUCUCAGGAAAGUACAAGUCUGCCGACCUGCCGCAGGAAGGACGUUAUUCGGCCACCAACGCCAACCAAGGCAAGAUGUAUCGUGAUCGCUACUUCAAAGACGCUACAUUCGAGGCGCUUCGCUACAUUGAGCCCGUCGUUCAGAAGCACAACUUGACGCUAUUGGAGACUGCUCUACGCUGGGUCAACCAUCAUUCGAAGAUCAAUGUUCGUGGCGUCAGCAAAGAUGGCAACGAUGGUGUCAUUAUCGGCGUGAGCAGUCUCAAGCAAUUGGAGAGCAAUAUCACGGAUCUCGAGAAGGGCCCGCUGCCGGACGAGGUCGUGGAAGCCCUCGACCAUGCUUGGCAGAACAUCACAAAGGCGACCAGUCCGCUUUACUGGCGAUAA